AGCUCCCAGCCCGACUUCUGGGUCUUGGGGCUCUACACAUCUUAGCUGGGUUUCUUCUUCUACUCUGUACAACUAUCACCAUCUCGCAAGGCGGCGAAUCCCGCUUCAUGGUGGCAUCGAUGAAGUGUUUUCAUUCCCUUGAUUAACAUGGUGUACACCAGCCACUCUGCACCGCCGCGCCGACGUGCAUGACGCACCAAGCACCCGCGGCCGUUGAUGUGUUGGCAGCGCCGGCUCGACGCAGCCACAACGCUCGAAUCACUCCAAUGCGCGCCGGAGACCUCUCUGCCGUCAUUGCAGCAGCAGCAAGCUGCGUUUGACCGGUAUCCAUCCCCCUCACUCACUCACACACUCUCUCUCUUCCCCCUUCUCUCUUCUCUUUCUCUUCCCUUAUAAUCCGGACCUACCUAGCCAUUCACAUACCGUCGUAGGAGUAUAAUGCGCGUGUCGCUAGCAGAGGGUCAGUCUGGUUCAUUUUCCGCGUCGUCAGGUCCCGCCGCUUCCUUGCUCCGUCCGCGGGUCCAGUCCAGAUCCAAGUUGACCUCUACAGGCCACCAGUCGCUGCACGACACCGUGUCUAACCCCCAAGAAGAAGACACGUAUAAAUCUUCACUUCAGCUCCGCCAUCAACAAGCCCAGGCCUACUACCAACAACACGAGCCUCUGUCGCGUCGCUCCUCCUCCGAAGGCAGUCAAACACACUCGCUCCGCCGCACCCCCAAUUUCGACGACCAACAACAACUCGACCCCGCCCAUUCCUACUGGGCCACCGCCCGUGUCGCCGCGCGUUCCGCCCGUCUCGUAUCACACUCAUCCCCGCAAGAUCCACCACCACCGCACUCGGCCCUUCGCAUCUCGCGCCGCACCGCCGCCGCUGUCCUCUACACGCUUGAGGAAGCCCUGCGCACGCCCUAUCCCUUCACCCCCGACCUCGCCGAGGAGAACGCGUCCAUGUCCGACCUCCCGGGCGGAAGCGGCCGCGCGGCCAAUGGCGGCGCGCGCGCCGCCGCCGGUCCCGUCCCCGUCCAACAGCAUGCCCCCGCCCAGAUCCGCACCCCGGUGCAAAUCAUGCGCGAGCGUAAAGACCGCGAGGCCCGCAGACAGGCCGAGGCCGAUGCCAGAGAGCGCGAGGAACAGCAGAAGGUCCAGUUGGAGGAGCGCAUAAAGAACGCGGAGAGGAGGGCGGCUGCCGCUGGCGUUGCCGGCGGCAAUACUCGCGACUCUGGUUACCGCACGGCCAGUGAGCCCGCAUACACGCCUAUGGUUGGUGGGAAAACGUCAAGCGAGGGCUUCCAGUCGCCCUAUGUGACCGCCGGAGCGGCUAGGGCGGCGGCUGCUGAGAGACAACAACAACAACAACAACAACAACAACAGCAACAGCAGCAGCAGCAGCAGCAGCAGCAGCAGCAGCAUCAGGCAGGCAUUGGGGGGCCUGUGUCGCAACCCGUACCCACACGAGCACCCGAAGCACCAUCAGGCGGAAGGUCUAGAGGUCCUUCGCUCUCACAAGGCCAGCCCAGAGCUGCACCACAACAAUCUGCCGCGGCCACUGCCCGCCAGGCACACCAACCCUCCACACACACCAGGCAACCCUCCGCAUCAGCCACGGCGGCCCAACCCCGUACCGGCGGCGGCGCCACCGGAGGCCAGUCUACAGCCCGCUCCUCAGCAUCCAUGGCCGACACCCAGUCGCGCGAUCCCACCGUCUCAUCCUUUCCUCACGCCUUCGAGCGCUGGGAACAACUGUCCUCCCACUGGGAGGGCCUGACAUCCUACUGGAUCAGGCGGCUCGAGCAAAACACCGAGGAAGUGCGCCGCGAGCCGCUGGCACAGCAGAUGUCCCGCCAGAUCACGGACCUCUCGGCCGCGGGCGCGAACCUGUUCCACGCCGUCGUCGAGCUGCAGCGCCUGCGUGCGUCGUCGGAGCGCAAGUUUCAGCGCUGGUUCUACGAGACGCGCAGUGAGCAAGAGCGCUCGCAGGAGGCGCAGGCCCAGACAAGCAAGGCCAUUGAGUUGGAGCGCCAGGCGCGCAUGGACGCCGAGGCUAACCUGCGCAACUCGGAGCAGGCCCGCCGCAACUCGGAGAAGAUGGUCGUCGAGAUGCGCCGCGAGCUCGCCAUCUCGAAGGAGGAGGCGCGUCGCGCGUGGGAGGAGCUCGGUCGCCGUGAACAGGAGGAGCGCGAGCGCACCAUGUCGCUCCGUGAGGGCCAGCCGACCCUUGUCGGCGGUGUGCAGGUCGUCCCCAUGGCGGCCGGCAUGGGCAAUAGCAGGCACGGCAGCAUGUCCCAGCAGGGCCGGCCCACGACGAGCGGCAGCCAGGGCCAGCAGUCUGCCAGCGGCAUGAGCGGUGCUGGGCCCACGCCUAUCGAGGGCGGCUACUCGUACGACGAGGCGCAGUCGCCUACCGACACCGAUCCGUUCGCAGAGGGCAACACGCACUUGCACCACGAGCACGAUGUCCCCUCCCUCGCCCAGGGCACCUACCAGCCCAUGCCUCCAACCUCAGGUGCAGGCGUCACAACCCCGUCCACGGCCCGUACAGCCAUCCCACCGACGAGCCAACCCGGCCAACACUACCCGCAACAAGCACACCAGCACCAGAGAUCCUCACCCCCGCCGGUUAUCCCCUCUGCCGCCGCCGAAGCAGCCAGCCACUUCUACCAGCACGACGGUCAAGGCAGCUUCCUCCCCGGUGGCCGCAGCGACGCCCCCACCAGCAGCAAUCUCAGCAGCAACGUCAGCGGUCCCGGUGGGCCUGGCGGACCCGACAGCGGCGCCCCCUCGGCCAUCGACGACGGGCCCUCGUAUGUCGGUUCCGAACUGGGCGACGAGUCGUCGGUCGGCGGCGAGGAGUGGAUGAUCGAUGAGCAUGGGCGCUUCGUCACUGACGCGGCGGGCCGGCGCGUGCCUUAUCGUGGCGCGAUGCGCGGCGUGCGCUCUCCCGAUAGUGAAGACGACUACGACGUCCAGAGCGAUAUUGCGCGCGAGCGAGAGCUGGCGCAGCGGUAUGGCAUCACGCCUGCGACGAGCGGCGGCGGCGUUGUUGGCGGCAUAAGCAGCCCUGUCAGCAUAGGGAGCGGAAGCGGUGUGGGCAGCCCGACUGCCGGGCCGUACGAGCAUGGCGGGUACGCCGUUGGUGGUGGCCCCGGCGGCCCGUAUAGUCCUGCGCCGGAUUAUACGGGGUCCGGGUAUGGCGAGUGGAGUAGUAUGACACCGCGGCACCAUCACCCGACCCGGUUGAGCGACGUACUUGAGGAAGAUGAACGGAGUCGGACGAGCCUGAGCCGGGCGAGCCAGACUAGUCGGGGGUUGUAUUGA